AUGAAGGUAGUGCAGCAGCUUCUACUGGUGGCUGUGGUCUGGUGGUUGCGACAAGGCGGUGCUCCCACCGUGGCCAGAAACUGUGCACAUAGGUGUGGGAGAGUGCCCAUACCAUAUCCCUUCGGGCUCGAACCCCAGUGUGCGAGGUCGAAAGAGUUUUUGCUCUACUGCAAUACCACCGAUGGUAGCGGUGGUCAACUAUUGUUGGGGAAUAUUCCGAUACGCAAGAUCUCAGUCGGCGACUCGACAAUGCUUGUCAGCCUCCCCGAACUACACGAAUGCUACAACAAGACUGGCCAGCUAGUAAGCAGCACCGAUAAUCUGUACAUCAAUCUAACUUCAUAUCCACCGUACAGAGUGUCAGCCACCCGGAACAACCUCACAGUCCUCGGCUGCGACACCUACGUGCUCAUGACCGACAGAUAUGGGCUUUUCCGGAGCGGCUGCAUCUCCUACUGCAGCGAGUACGUCGACUUGGCGAAGGAGACCACUUGCUCUGGUCUCGGUUGCUGUCAAGCGUCCAUUCCGAAGGGGCUCAAGAUGCUCCGCAUUAGAAUCUCCUCCGUCGAUGGACACGUGUCGGUCUCACAAUUCAACCCCUGUGGAGUGGCCUUCGUUGGGGACAAAAUGUCAUUCAACCUCUCCAGCAGGAGACUCCCGACCUUGAAUGAUUUGGGCAAGAGGGCGGACCUUGUUCUGGACUGGAUGAUCGGAUGGGACGUCACUUGCGCACAGGCGAGGUUGAACCAGUCGAGCUAUGGCUGUGGCAACAACACUGACUGUGAUGACUUCACGGAUGGACAGGGUUACCGUUGCUUUUGCAAGGCUGGGUACGAGGGGAAUCCCUAUAAUCGCUCCCGCGGGUGUAAAGACAUUAAUGAGUGCGAGGACCCACAGAAAUACUCAUGCCGUGGAAAGUGCGAGAAUCUGCCCGGGAGCUACAGAUGUGACUGCGACGGUGAUAAUCGUUGCGAUAUAGCUCUUGCAAUUGGUGUAAUCCCAAUAACACAAGCAAUGAGCCACAGGCUGCCAGGUGUCCCUAUUGAGUUCUAG